UGUAUAAGAAAAUAUGAUGGAUUAGGAGCAACUCAACUAAAACCAGAAUGCUGCACAGUUAACAGAGCAUGUUUGUGUCGUAAUCAUCUAUCAAAAUGUAAAGCAUUUCAUGAAACUAAUAAAGAAGAAGAAGUACAAAGAGUUCUAGCUUUACCAGGAGCCAAUGAUAUUAGUUUGAAAAGAUUACAAACACAAAAUGUAAUUAAUCAUAUUGAACAAUUAAUAGUUGAAACUGAAGAAAAACAAAUAAAUAUUAAGGCAUUUAUUUCAGAUUUUACAGGUGAAUAUGCAGCGGCAUGGUAA